AUCAAUGCCAAAACUCUUAGUGAAUACAGUUGCAAUAGGAACUGUGGGCAUUACUUCCUACUUCUGGGGACUUGGAAGUAAGUCCAAGACUCAAGAAAAAUCUGAGACUAAAAACUUACCUGUUCCUUAUACGCCGAAAAGUAACUUACCAUCUCUGGUGAAUCCACAAGAUUUCUACAAAUAUGGAUUUCCCGGUCCGAUCCAUGAUUUGCAAACAAGACAAGAAUUUGUCAGUUGUUACGACAGAGCUAAACGAAACCCAUACUGGAUCGUCGAACAUAUAACCAGAGACUCGAUCAAGUCUACCCAAGGGGUUGAUAGAAAGAAAUCAGUGUUCCGAGAAGACGAGCAGAUACCUGUGAAGUUUAGAAACAGAUUGAGAGAUUUCUUCAGAAGCGGCUACGACAGAGGCCACAAUGCUCCGGCAGCAGAUGCAAAGUUCAGUCAGGAAGCCUUGAACGAAACCUUCUACUUGACAAACAUUUCACCGCAGGUGGGAGAAGGAUUUAACAGAGACUACUGGGCUCAUUUUGAAGACUUCUGUAGGAGACUUACUGGGAAGUACGACCAUAUUAGAAUCAUGACCGGUCCUUUGUACUUACCUAAACAAUGUGCUGAUGGUAAAUAUAGAGUUGAAUAUGAGGUAAUUGGUUCUCCUCCCACAGUUGCAGUUCCAACUCACUUUUUCAAAUUAGUAGUUGGAGAGAACAACAACAGCGACCAAAUCAGUGUGGCUUCUUUUGUGUUACCAAACGACGUGAUAAGUAAUGAUGACCCGUUAACCAAAUACCAGGUCCCAGUAGAAGCCUUGGAAAAUGCUAGCGGUUUGGAGUUGCUCUAUAAAGUGCCUCCGAAUAAGAAGAAAGACUUGUGUAAAGAAGUCAGAUGUGAAAUUAUUGUUAGGGAGUUCCCAAAGAAUGUCAACAAUGCCAUGGCUAUCUCUGCAAAGUUCGACAAGGCCUAAGUCAACUAUUCUGGCAUAAAUAUUAUUCGUGUCUAAAUUAAGUAAUAUAAGUUAUCAUUAAUCGUUAGAUUUUGCUCUUGAUCUUCUCAAGCCUGGAAGUUCCCACUCUUUCUGUAUCAUUCUCCUCGUUGAACAACUCACACAAAUGAUCAAUCACUCCCCAUCCGUACCCGUUUGAAAACCUUCUUCUUACUAUGAUAUUAUUAUGAGCAUCAGGAGGAAGUCUAACCAAAAUCUUUCUCCAGUUGAGCUCUUGGUGAUACUUUCGGGCUAUUCGUACUUGUCUCUUCUCUCUGUUGAAUAAUGCUCGUUCGUGCUUCUCUGGAGGUAAGUCGGUAAAUUUGU